UUCUAGACGCGACACUACUGUACGGCAAGAGAUUAUCUUCAACGUGAAAAUGUCCAAACACCCAGAAAACAAUCCCGGUGUAAAAACGGAAAAGAUGGAGAUUAUUAAAGUGAAGAGCGAAGAAACGAGCAGUCCAGAACAAUGGAGAGUGAAAAAUGAAGAAACGGAGGUACAAAUAGCAGGAAAAACACCCGGUGUAAAAACGGAAAAGAUGGAGAUUAUAAAAGUGAAGAGCGAAGACACGAGCAGUCCAGAACAUUGGAGAGUGAAAAAUGAAGAAACCGAGGUACAAAUAGACUUGAUGGAAGUGAAAGAGGAAAAUCAAGAACUGAAUGAAGUGGAGGAAAAUCAUCAGUAUCGGGAACCUGAUAAUGUCACAAUGGGAGAAAAAUAUUUUAGUUGUUCACAGAAUAAAAUGAAUUUUCUACAUAAAAGACAAGCCAGAAAACCUUAUACCUGCCCUCAGUGUGGAAAGAGUUUCACACGCAAAAUAACCCUUCAGCAUCACUUAGUAAUAAUUCACACUGGCAAGAGACCUUUCACGUGUGAUCAGUGUGGAAAGAGUUUCAAACAAAUUGGACAUCUUAAGAUUCACACAAGAAUUCACACUGGAAAAAGGCCUUACACAUGCCUUCAGUGUGGGAAGAGUUUCAUACAUUUGGAAAGCCUAAAAAGUCAUAGGAAAAUUCAUUCUGGAGAGAAAUCGUACCAGUGUUCUGAGUGUGGCAAGAGAUUUGCAGACUCAUGGAAUAUGAAAAAUCAUCAGCGCUCUCACUCGGGAGAAAGGCCAUUUUACUGCGAUCAUUGCGGUAAAACAUUCAUUUUGUCAUCACAUUUAAAGAGACACCUGAAACUUCAUGCAGAUGAGAAGCCUUACUUGUGUUCUUUUUGUGGGAAGAGUUUUGUAUGGCUGGACUGUUUUAAAGAGCAUCAGUUAAUGCAUAUUGGUGUUAGAGCUCAUGUAUGCUCUGAAUGUGGGAAAGCCUUUACUACAUCAAGUUAUUUAAAAGUGCACAGAAGAGUUCAUACUGGAGAGAAACCUUACAAGUGUUCAUAUUGUGAAAAGAGUUUCACUCAGUCUUCAGGCCUGAAAGCACAUGAAAGAGUGCAUACUGGAGAGAGGCCGUACCUCUGCCCUUCAUGUGGGAAGACUUUCAUCCGAAAUGGUCAUCUAAGAGAACACUUAAAAAAGGCUUGCCCAAAGUUGUCACCAUGAGAAAUUUCAAUUUAAAGAUUAAUCCAAUUAUUUAUUAUUAUUAAAAAAAUGUUAUCCCCCUUUUCGCCCCAAUUUGGAAUGCCCAAUUCCCACUACUUAGUAGGUCCUUGUGGUGGUGCGGUUACUCACCUCAAUCCAGGUGGCGGAGAACAAGUCUCAGUCUUAUCACGUGGCUUGCCAUGCAUGACACCGCAGAGGCUCACGUCAUUGAGAGCGAGAACCCCUAAUCACGACAACGUAAUGGCAUCACCCCAUCCAGCUCUCAUUGGAUCCUCUCCUCGGCUAGUAACGAGAAGAACAUCUGCACUUGGUUUAUUGAUUUGCGCACAGCCAUUUCAUUUUACAAUUCAAAAGUCGCGUGGACAAAUCAUACUGCUAUCGCUGUUGUUAACUUUAAAACUAGAGGGUUGAUAUCGCGUGUCGAAAAUCCAGUGACGCUGGUAGUGACGAUUCUCUCUGACCAAUCAGUGAUCUGCAAGGUCACAUUUAGUAUCGGCUCGGCUUGCUAUAUCUGUUUGAAAUUUUGUAGAUAUAGAUUUUUUUCAAUGCCAGAUCCCUCUUUUUCAUUAGCAGGGGAAUAUCAGUAUUUAUCCAAGUCAAAAAAACUUUUCUCCUGUUACUUUUAAAGGAGCAUGUAAACUUCUGGAUUGUAUUUGCGAGUGUGUCCAUUAAAAAAAUCACAACACUCAUUCAGAUUAUCAAUUUGAUGUAUACUCUCCCAGUUUAUGUUAUUUUCAAACUGAGACAUUUUCUGCUUGGGAAUUCCAAUUUGUGAAUGAUUAACUCUAGUUCCAAAAAAACGGCUCUGAAAUCUUUGUUUUGUUAAUUUUCUUACAAAGUUAAAUUAUG